AUGAUACGAACAAAAUUGAUCAGUCUUUCUCGGAUUUGGUAUACAAUAAUUGUUGUAAUAAUUCAUUUAAUUCUUGUCUAUUUUGGUAUAAAACAAUGUUAUUUUAAUGAUAGUUUACCAUGGCCAAAAUCUUCUUUAUCAUCACCAAAAUUUGAAUUAUUAAUAGAAAAAAUUUGUCUUUUAACAUCACUUGUUCUUCUUUUUAUUUUUAUUUAUCCAGCUUUAUUUCAAAUUGGAAAUUUAUCAAAUGAUAAUAAACAAUUAACAAUUAAUGAUUUAAAUGAAAAUCAUACAAAAAUAUCUAAAAAAUCAUUAUGUACUAGUUUUUGGAAUCAUUCUUUUUCAUUAAGUAGUACUUUACAUUUAACAAUGAGUUUUCUUAUUAUUAUAUCACCUUUAUUAAUUGAUGCUAAACAAAUUAUGGUAGGAUUAAAAGAUUCAGCAUUAUUAUUACGUACUGAUUUUGAUUUAUUAUUUGAUUGGUCUUCUUCAUCAUUAUCAUCUUCUACUUUAAUUUCAACUACUAAACAUUUAACAAUAUCAAAUAUAACUUCUUCAGUUCUAUCAUUUUCAAUUGAUUCUUAUUCACGUUUAAGUCUUCUCAAUUUUUUAUUUGCUUCAUUUAUUUGUAUUCUACGUGAACCACAUGUAUUUUGGUCAAUAUCAAAAAUAUUUUCAAUAAUUUAUUCAUUUGCUCUUGCACUUAAUGUUUUACAAUGGUGUUUAAUGUAUAGUGCAUUUCAACUAUUAUUAAAAAAUAUUUGUUUUAAUACAAAUGAAUCAAUAUAUAAUAUUGGAUAUUUACUUCUUUAUCAACCUUAUACAGCAUUUUUUCUUUAUUUAUUACUUGAAUUUCUUAUUUAUAUAUCAUCAAUAACAUUUUAUUAUUAUGCAUAUAAUCGUUUUAAAUAUCAUGAAAAUAUUAAUUAUAAAUCAUCAUGUUAUGAACGUUGUUCACAUUAUUGUCCAAGUUUAAUUGCAAUUAUUAUUUUAUUAUUAUAUACAUCAUGUAAAAUGCCACUUGUACAUGAUAUAUUUUUACUUUAUAUUCAAACACGUUUAAGAAUUUUAUUUAUAACAUUUAUUUAUGAAAUUGUUCAUGUUUUACUUAUUCUUUCAUUAUGGAUUUAUUUAACAACAAAAAUUGAUUGGAAUUUAAAAAAUCAAAAUAAUGAACAAAAAUUAUCUUCAGUAUUAAAUCAUGGUUUAACUGUAAAAAAUACACCAAUACAAGCAACAGCAAUAUCUUUACCAGAAUUAAAUGGUAAUUAUUCAUCAACAGAUAAAACAUCACGAAGAUUAUCAGAUAAUAUUUAUCAAAAACCUUAUGAAAAAAUUCGUAUCGUUCAAUCAGAAAUUUAUUAUCGUAAUCAUCCAAAAAAUUGGAGUUUACCAUUAAAUCAACAAUCAACAAUGAUGGCUACAUUUGAUAAUGACGAUGAUGAUGAUGAUGAUGAUGAUGAUGCAAAUAAUAUUGUUAUUCGUUCACCAUCAUAUCCCAUAAAUCAAAAUAAUGAAUUACAAUAUCGAGAUGCAAUACGAAAAACUGUUUCAAAUCUUUAUAAACUUCCAAAUAUAAACAAUGAAGAAAAUUCAUCGAAAAAAGUUAUUUUACGAAAUAAUAUACCACCUAUACCACCUGCAAAACAUUUUACACAAGAACAAGUAGAAGCGGCAAGAAUGCGAGCUCAACAAAUGAUUCUUCAACAAAAAAGAUCAUCAGACUAUAUGCAACAUCAUCGUUCA